AUGUCCGAUCACCACCACCACCACCACGCGCGGCUAAACCGCCUCCGCACAACCUCCCAGCUCCUCCGUCAAACCACCACUUCUUUCUCCUCUCACCCUCUCACUUUCCUCUUCCUCACUUUCCUCCUCUUCUCCUUCCACACUCUCGUAGAUCAUUGCUCUCUCCUCCUCACCUCCUUCGUCGACCGUGACCCUUCUCUCCGCUCUCUCCUCUCCCGCCUCCCUCUCCACCACCCUCAAUCCCACGCUCCCACGCGCCUCCACCACCACCGCCGCGCUCCUUUUCUCCAGCUCACGCGCCUGGGCACCCUAGACGACGACUUCUUCUCCACGGACGAGCACGAUCCCAAUCGCCGAUCCCUCCAAGGCUCUCCAUUUCGCUCUCCGCUCAACGCCACGACUGUAAUUCUCUCCGGAUUCGAGGGCAUUUCUGGAUUUUCCCGCCCUAUCGCCGAUAACGGCCUUUUCCUCCCUCAGAUCAUCCGCUCCGGAUUCGUUCUCCGGCAGCUCUCUCCCGACGAAGACGACGACAAAUCGAAAUUCGACGAAUCCGAGCACGAUCAAGAACCUGAAGAGUACCGCGGCGAGAAGAAAGAGAAAGAAUUCGAGAGCUUCGUGGAUCUGAAGCUCUUCUUCAAAGGAUUGGAGCUCGGACGACACGACGCCGCGGCUCUGUUCUACCUGGUGAGCUUUCUCUCCGCCGCGUAUGGGUGGGUGAUUCUAGGGUUCACCACCGUGUACUCGUUGGUUCUAGCGAUUAUCUUCGUCGCCGUGAUCAACGAAUUGCUCGGUAGAUUCCCUUCCUUUCUUGAUGUUGUCACGAGCGGUUCAAGAUUAGGGUUUAGGAGAGUCACAGGAUUCGUUCUGAUGAAAUGGGCUGUGAGAGACGCAUUGACACAGCUUCUCGGUUUAUGGUACUUCGGAGAGGUCGAAGACCAGUUCUCGUUUUUCAGGCUCUUUGUGAGGUUAAAGCUGAUGCCUUUCACUGUGAUGCCACCGUGGAUCAGAGGUUUCGAGAAGGAGAUAUCUGGAUUCUUGUUCGCUUGGUUUCUCCUUGAUACGCUCAUCGGUUUGGUAUUGGCUGUUGAUGGUUUCGUUGCCAUUGUGGAUUCGAGGAGGAGAGGGAGAGAGAUUGUGAAGGAAGGUCUUUACUUGGUGUCUCUUCUGUUGCAUCAGGCUGUGCAGAUCAAGUGUCUCGAAGCGAUUCUCUGUGGGUCUGUGUUCAGAUCGAUUCUGGUUCGAAUUGUGGGGAGAAGCUUUGCUUGUGUGAUUCAGUGUGGCUUGGAAGUUUACUUCAUGGCGGCUUGGUUAGUGUUCUACUUAGCGGUUAGGUGUAAAGAUGCGGAGGCAGCAGAAGGGAGGAGGUUCGGGAGAAGAGAAAUGGAGAAUAUGGUUGAUGGGUUGAGAUGA